AUGGCCCUCGACAGCGUCGUGCGCGUGACCGUCGGCGAGCGGAAGCGGUUCCUGAAGAAGGCGCGGCUCACCGUCGAGCUCCAGGGCGCCGCGGGCACCUGCGCCUUCGACGCGCGCGACGCGUUCCGCCGCGACGCGUUCGCCAAAGCCUGCGAGCGCGCGCUCGUCGCCGCGCGGCGGCGGACCGCGAGCGGCUUCACGACGCAGACCGCGGGCAUCGCGGGCCUCGCGAGGAAGCGGCGCGCGAAGCGCGACGAGGCCGGCGCCCUGGCGGCGGAGACGCGCGACGACGUCCGCGCGCUCAUGGCGGAGGCGUCGGCCGUCGUCUCGAUGCUGAAAAAGUACCAGGCGCGCGCGGACCGCGCGUCGGGCGACGACGCCGCCCUCGGCGCCGCGCGGCAGCUCGGCGCCAUGCGCGUCGCCGACGACGACGCCGCGGCCGUCGACGCGGGCGACGGGAAGUUGCUGGCGGACGCCGCGGCCGCGUUCGCCUCAAAACUCCUCGGCGCCGGCGCCGCGAAGAGCGUGACGCUCACGGACCUCUGGUGCCGCUUCAACCGCGCGCGGGGCGCCUCGGGCCUCGUGUCGCCCGAGGACUUCGCCGACGCCUGCGGCCGCUACCUCGACCGCCGGUCGCCCGACUUCUCGCGCGACGCGCCCGCGACGCUCCGCGUCUUCCGCAGCGGCGUCAAGGUCGUCGCCCUCGCCGACGACGAUACGCGGGCCCGCGUCGUCGCCCACGCCGCGGGCGGCGCGACGGCCAUGGGGCUCGCGGUCGCGCUCGCGGUCCCGCCCGCGCUCGCGGCGGAGCUGCUCGCGGACGCGGAGCACGACGGCGCGCUCUGCCGCGACAAGUCGAGCGCCGGGCUGGCCUUCUACCCCAACGCGUUCGCGACGCGGGGGGUGGCUGCUUAG